AGUAAUUUUGCUUUAGCAAACCUUCAUUAUUAUAUAAUACUAAUCCAAGUGUAAAAGUGUACAGAUAUAGAAAGUAAGCGGGGUCCGCACUCAAUGCCAUGAUCAUGAUGACAUCAUCUGAUCUCAUAAAACAGUACAACACAAAACCCCAAAACAACUUCUUGUGACUCUCUACGUUUCCUUCGUCUUCUUCUUCUUCUCUCUUCCCUAUAUAUAAAACCCUUCAUGUUGUUUAGAUCAGGUUAAGAUCAUUUUGAGUCUCUCCAAACCCUAAUAUCAAAUUCUCAUCUCAUAACUAACAAAAGCAUCCCAAAAUUUCUAGUAAAUGGCGGAGGAAUUCGAUGAAUCUGAGGUAGUGUUCUCCGAUGGUUUAAGCUCCGUUCUCCAUAAAGAGAACGAGAAUCGCCUGUUUGGUUCUGAUAUGGAGAGGAAGAAGACGAGGCGGAUCAAGAGGACGACGACGGAGAAGGCGUCGUUGUCGAGCUCGCUUCCGGUGAGUAUCCCUGAGAACAUCUUUCGGAGGUACGUUGGGAAAGAGGAGGAUGAAUACUCAGAGGAGGAAUAUUCCGAAGGAGGAGGAGAGAUGAUUCCGCCGCAUAUUAUGAUCGGACGGAGGAUCCAAGGAGGACAAAUGGCGUUUUCCGUUUGUUCAGGUAGUGGAAGGACUCUUAAGGGAAGAGAUCUGAGCCGGGUUCGGAAUUCGGUUCUUAGGUUAACCGGUUUUUUGGAGGCUUGAACCGUUACCGGUUUGCCAUACUUCAUCAUCUUUUCCCAACUCUUUUGUUUUUUUGCAUAUUACGGAAAAUUGCUAGUGGAUCCCCGUGUUGUUUAUUUAAGUAAAGGGUGGGGAAAAUGUGAAACAAAGCUUUCUCCUUAGUUUUUGUUUUUCCAUAUUCUUUUGUUUUUCCUAAAUUGUAAUAGGAAACAAGGAAAUUUCGGGUUAAUUAUGAGAAGAAUAACAAUAAUUCUUGUGUUAGGAUUUAAAAUGCAAGGCUUGUCAAGUGUAUUUUUGGGGGUACUUAAUUGGAAUUAUGAAAGUGUGAUGAAUAUAUUUGAGUUAGGAUUUAUGUAGUGCAGAUGUGGACAAAAGCCAAACAGAAACAGCUGUUCUGUUGUCAUUGAUUGUGAGAGACAGUGAGAGAGCGAGCAAAUUUGUUGCCUGUGACAUCAAGAAGAGAAAUGUA